AGCCCCAGCUGCCGUGACACGCAGUGGGCCCAGGGCCCUGCAGGAGCUGGCGGGCCACAUUGCCCUGCAGGGUCAGCUCCUCCUGGUCCUUUCACACAGGGCUUCAUCCUCGCCCCGGACAGAUCCUGAAGGCUUAGGGCCAGCCGGCUGGCCACGCAGAUUCUCAGGACACGCCCACUGCUGCCAGCUGCCCCCAUCUGCUGGAGCAGGGCUGAGCUCCCGGAUGCAGCACCCCCCAGCCCUCCAGUCCUGGCAUCCCUGGAGCAACAAGGCCCAGAAGAAGGAAGAGGAGCAUGGUGAGAAGGAUCUGAAGACGGGUGCUAAGAAGGGUCUCGCCCUGGCCUGUUUCUUCCGUUCCCAGGUGACUGCAGCUGCGCUGGCCACCACCCACCUGGAAUCCCCUGCACUUGUUAACUCUCCAACAUCACCAUGACCACAAGGGCUGAAAAAUACUAUUUGACUUUUUGCUAGGAAAAAAGCCUCUUCCAGACCCGUGGACAAGGGAUGGCCGACCCCUGCCCCCUGGUAUCCUGGGGCCCUGCUGGAGGCGCUGCCAUUGUGCCGCUGCAGGUCACAAAUGAGGACACUAUGGCACGAGGAGCCCAGGGGGCCUGCCCAGCAGAACUCAGGCUGCUGGGGGGGACAUGGUUGGGCGCUUUCAUCACAGCUCCUGACGCCAAUCCCAGACUCCAUGAGGAAGCAGGAGGUGUGGACGGGUGGGGAGGCUGGCCAGGGCCACGGCACUGGCUCCCCAGCAGAGCAGGUGAAAGCCCUUGUGGACCUGCUGGCCGGGAAGGGAGGUCAGGGCCCCCAGGCCCUGCAAACACCCAACAGGACAUCAGAAUCCCCACUGGGGACCCAGAACAAAGACUCGAGGAUACAGAGGCACCGUGAAGCUGUACUGAGCAGGGCAGGGGGCAGCCCGGAGCUGGGCAGUCCCUCGCCCAGGCUGACUAGCCUCCUACUGGCGGAGGGCCUGACGGACUUGCAGCUGAAGGAACAUGACUUCACGCAGGUGGAGGCCACGCGUGGGGACCCGCACCCUGCGAGGACCAUCUCCCUGGACCAGCUCUUCCUGCCUCUGUCUCGGGUGUCUAUCCCACCCCGAAUCUCUAUCACCAUCGGGGUGGCCGGCAUGGGCAAGACCACCCUGGUGAGGAACUUCAUCCACCUCUGGGCCCAGGGGCAGGUUGGCAAGGACUUUUCGCUGGUGCUGCCUCUGACCUUCCGGGACCUCAACACCUAUGAGAAGUUGUCUGCCGACAGGCUCGUCCACUCUGUCUUCCCACACGUCAGUGGGGAGUCCGGCCUGGAGGCGGCAGCCCUAAGCAAAAGCCUCCUGAUCCUGGACGGCCUAGACGAGUGUAAGACGCCCCUGGACUUCUCCAGCACUGCGGCCUGCACAGACCCCAAGAAGGAGAUCCCGGUGGACCACCUGAUCACCAACAUCAUCCGCGGCAACCUCUGCCCGGAGGUUUCUGUCUGGGUCACCUCCCGCCCCAGUGUGGCUGGCCAGAUCCCAGGGGGCCUGGUGGACCGGAUGACAGAGAUCCGGGGAUUCAACGAGGAGGAGAUCAAGGUGUGUUUGGAGCAGAUGUUCCCCGAAGACCAGACUCUCUCGGGCUGGGCCCUGAGCCAGAUGCGGGCAGACAGGGCCCUGUACCUGAUGUGCACCGUCCCAGCCUUCUGCCAGCUUGCGGGGUUGGCACUGGGCCACGUGGGCCGCCACGGGCUGGGGCCCCAGGAUGCAGAGCUGUGGCCUCCAAGGACCCUGUGUGAGCUCUACUCUUGGUAUUUCAGGGCGGCUCUCGGUGGGGAGGGGCAGGAGAAGGGCAGGACAAGCCCUCACAUCCAGCAGGUGGCCCAGGGCAGCCGCAAGAUGGUGGGGACGUUGGGCCGACUGGCCUUCCACGGGCUGAUCAGGAAGAAGUACGUGUUCUACGAGCCGGACCUGAAGGCGUUCGGUGUGGGCCUCCCUCUGCUGCAGGGCGCCCUGUGCGGCUGCUUCCUGCAGCGGGAGGACACCCCGGCCUCCUCGGCAGCCUACUGCUUCACCCACCUGUCCCUGCAGGAGUUCGCGGCAGCCGCGUACUACUACGGUGCGGCCAAGAGGGCCGUCUUCGACCUCUUCAUGGAGGGGGGCGUGUCCUGGCCCCGGCUUGGCUUCCUCACGCAUUUCAGGAGUGCGGCCCAGAGGGCCAUGCAGACUGAGGACGGGCGGCUGGACGUGUUCCUGCGCUUCCUCUCAGGCCUCUUGUCGCCGAGGGUCAACGCCCUGCUGGCUGGCUCCCUGCUGGCCCAGGGAGAGCACUGGGGCUACCGGGCCCAGGUGGCCGAGCUCCUGCAGGGCUGUCUGCAGCCCGACGUGGCAGUCUGCGCCCGGGCGGUCAACGUCCUGCACUGCCUGCACGAGCUUCAGCACACGGAGCUGGCCCGCAGCGUGGAGGAGGCCAUGGCAAGCGGCGACCUGGCCAGGAUGACUGCCCCAGCACAUCGCGCGGCUCUGGCCUACCUCCUGCAGGUGUCGGACGCCUGCACCCAGGAGGCCAACCUGUCCCUGUUCCUCAGCAAGAGCGUCUUCCAGAGCCUGCUGCCCCAGCUGCUCUACUGCCGGAGCCUGCGGCUGGACGGCAACCAGUUCCAGGACCCCGGGAUGGAGCUGCUGGGCAGCAUGCUGAGUGGGAAGGACUGUCGCGUUCAGAGGAUCAGCUUGGCUGAGAACAAGAUCGGUAAUAAAGGCGCCAAAGCCCUGGCCAGAUCCCUCCUGGUCAACACAAGUCUGACGGCUCUGGACCUCCGCAGUAACUCCAUUGGACCCCAAGGGGCCAAGGCACUGGCAGAUGCUCUGAAGAGGAACCGCACUCUGGCCUCUCUGAGGCCCCCUCCUUGUCCCCACAGCCUCCAGAGCAACACAAUCAGAGAUGAUGGUACCAGGUCUGUGGCUGAGGCCUUGGCCGCGAACCGGACCCUCUCCGCGCUGCACCUGCAGAAGAACACCAUCGGGCCCCGGGGAGCCCAGUGCAUGGCGGACGCGCUGAAGCAGAACAGAAGUCUGAAGGAGCUCAUGUUCUCCAGUAACAGCAUUGGUGAUGGAGGUGCCCAGGCCCUGGCUGAAGCCCUGAAGGUGAACCAGGGCCUGGAGAGCCUGGACCUGCAGAGCAAUUCCAUCAGUGAUGCGGGAGUGGCAGCGCUGAUGGGGGCCCUCUGCGCCAACCGGACCCUCCUUAGCCUCAACCUGCGAGAAAACUCCAUCAGCCCCGAGGGAGCCCAGGACCUGGCUCGAGGUCUCUGCACCAACAACGUCCUGCGGAACCUGGACCUGACAGCCAACCUCCUCCACGACCAGGGUGCCCAGGCCAUCGCGGCAGCAGUGAGGGAAAACCGCACCCUCACAUCCCUUCACCUGCAGUGGAACUUCAUCCAGGCGGGGGCUGCCGAGGCCCUGGGACAAGCCCUGCAGCACAACAGGAGCCUUACCAGCCUUGAUUUGCAGGAGAACGCCAUUGGGGAUGAAGGAGCUUCGGCGGUGGCCAGCGCGCUGAAGGCAAACACGGCCCUCACGGCCCUCUAUCUUCAGGUGGCCUCCAUUGGUGCCCCGGGGGCCCAGGCGCUGGGGGAGGCCCUGGCUGUGAACAGAACCUUGGAGAUUCUCGACUUAAGGGGAAACUCCAUUGGGGUCGCCGGAGCCAAGGCCCUCGCCAACGCUCUGAAGGUCAACGCGAGUCUCCGGAGACUCAAUCUUCAAGAGAAUUCCCUGGGGAUGGACGGCGUGAUAUGCGUUGCCACCGCCCUGUCUGGAAACCACGGGCUCCAGUACAUCAAUCUCCAGGGCAAUCACAUUGGCGAAUCUGGUGUCAGGAUGAUCUCAGAGGCCAUCAAGACAAACGCUCCCUCGUGCAGUGUUGAAAUGUGAGCAAAAAACAAGUUCCUCGUGGACCAGACAGGAGGAUGAACAAAGAUGCAGCUGGAAGCUUUUGGGGAAAAAAAGACCAUUUCCCAGUGUCCUUCCUGUGGUCUGGGAAUGAUGCCAUCCCACACGAGAGCAGGUCUCCUGUAAGGAGGCAGGCAAGGUUCUGCCAAAGCGGGUCAGGAGCACCUCUCCUGGUCCAGGGUCAGUCCAGGCAGGAGCGAGAUGAAUACUCUGCCUCAACACAGAGGAGGGAGGGUCUUCUGCUGAGGGACUCGGGGACAUGGGCCCCAAAGCUCAGCAAGCAAAAGGCCAGUCUGAGCUUAUUUAUACCCUGAGGUGCAUGUAAGGCCAAAGGCAGAUGUGAAGUGACUUCCUCUGACAUAGGCAGCAUGAGCAGUCCAUCUAGUCCUCCGCCUCUGAAAUGAGUUGCCAUCUUCAAGCCCAAUAAGAGUAUCAAUUUGGCAUCAGUGACAGAGGGCGCUUCUCUUUUCUCAAGAUCAUCCAUAUGAUCCUUAGAGACAUAUGGAAAAAUUAUGGCAUUUUUUUUUGAAGAGAA